GGAUGUUCGUGUAUCGAGAUGCCAUAUCUUGGAUUUAGCGACCACUUGGGGUUAAAUUGGAAAAUCUGUUGACUGUAAAGGAACUUGAUCGCCGAGUUAUUAAUAGUUUGUUGUCAUCAAAUGAAAUUCGCUUCCUUUUGAGAAGCCAUAAAACAAAACUGUCUCGUCAAUAAAAUUUACUUCAUUUGUCUAUCGAUCAACAUGCUUAACCAAUCGUUAAGUGUUAACUAACCGUUAAAUGGCCUAAAUUGACUAUGUGAUUUACACAUGCUCAAUCUCAAUUUGCAAUCUUACUUACUCGGAAAUAAUUUAUACAUGUGCAGUUAUCUCGGCUUUUCCGCGAAAGGCAAAGUAGUUCAAGUAUACAAACUUCAUGUACAUUUGCAAAUAAAAGGCGAACGUGAAAUUCUUACACAUGCAUCGUUCAUAACGGACAUAUUGUUUUGUUGGAUUAUUACAAGUUGUCAAGUUGCAAGACGCAGUUAUGAACAGGACUGCGGUGGAAUCUGUCGUUUCCUGUGAACCGUACAACUUUCUGGAAUGCCAUAUAGCGCGCUGGAUUUGGCGCAUUGUGCCGGUGUUUUGCAUAAGUGUUGGAACGAUCGGCAAUCUGCUUAACGUCAUCAUCCUGAAACGAAUGAAUCUGCGACGAUUCCCCAGAAAUGUAUUGCUAGUGUUUCUCGCAGUGAGCGACUCAACGUUUCUUUGGACGUUGGCUCUUAACAACGUCCUGUUUGCGUUAAACGGGCACACAUUUCUCGAACAGGGCGACGUUCUAUGUCGGACAACUUGGUUCGUUGGGUACACAGCUGCAGCCUUCUCUUCUUGGAUAAUAGUUCUAAUGACUACGGAAAGAACGUUGGCGUUAAGGGCUCCAGUGUUUUCGCGAAAAAUGCUAACCGUCAAGAGCUGUAAUUUAGCAUGCGGCGUGACCUUGAUCAUCAUUGCGGCAAUUAAUUGCAACUUUCUUUAUGGUUUCGACUAUAUAGAUUAUGCCAAUGGUGAACAACUUAGUCCUGAAUUCCAAAAUGUUACUAAAAUUAAAGCGAUUUACAAGCCAUGUUACUUUGUUUCAAAGAGGUAUAUGGAGUUUCAUUACGGCGAAUGGAAUAUCAUAGCAAUAACGUUGUAUUGUGUUAUACCAAUUGUUAUUUCUAUUCUUGGGAAUGUAAAUAUAGCGAUGGUAAUAAAUUUAAAAAGACAAGAAAUGGUUUCUUGUCGUAUGUCUGAACACAAGGAACCGGAUAGCGAUUUUAAAUUGACUUCAAGCGCGGGCAAUAAUGAAAGAUCAACUAACGUCACCUGUAAUUCGUCAACUGAUUUGAACGAAGCAAACCAUAUAAUGCAAAAUACGAACUGUGCAAUGGUGGAUACAACUAAUUCAGAAAAAUACGAAAUUCAACGUAUGACGAACAUUUCUACGUCGCAUACGAAACCAACAAGAGACGGGUAUGUAAAUAAACAUGAUUUAUCAAUAACCAAAUCGGAUUCUAAGAAGAAGAAACGGCAAAAACUUCAAAGAAAGUUUCAUAAGCCAAUGGCUGGUAAGGGCAAAAGAGGCCAACAGGCAACGCGACUUUUGUUUUGUAUCAGCACGUUUUGGAUACUUUCAUACAUUCCGUUUGCCGUUUACCAAGUUAUCCGAAGCAAAAUUGAGGAUGUAUCACCCAAAGUGGCUUCCAUUCUUCAGCUUUCAAGAGCGGUCACACAUUCAGUGUUGUAUUUAAAUUUUGCUAUGAACUUUUUCUUUUACUUCGUUUCCGGAACGCUGUUCAAAAACGAAUGGACGAAAAUCGUUCUCCAGACGAGACAAGCAUUAAAGAGACUACACAUAUGUAACAAUUUAGACUGAACUAUACAUUAGCCGCGUCAUGCGAAAAUGGUUAUUCUGCCAUUUGCGGCCAUUGCAGCACCACACCAGCUUGCAGAAUCGAAGUCUGGAGAGGAGCUGCGCUGUCAGUGAUAAAUAAACGCAAACGUUCGUGGUCUCAUUAUGGAAAAGGGUAACUCCUGAACUCACCUUAUUGAAAGCAUUUAUAUUUUAUCCAAUUAUUUGUGUUAUGUGUAAUAGCAUUUUAGUUUUUGGCUUGUUUCCCUUUAACCCAAUUAUGCAUAGCGUCUAGGUAAAAAGACCUUGGCAAACAGCAUAGACCCAGAUGAGACUCAUUAAAAUCUGCGCUGUUUGCUUAAAGGAAUUUCUGUUAGCAAUAUUCUAAAUAUAGAAAUAAAUAUACUAAACAUCCCUAAUUUUUGGAAAUAAAUUGAUCCAAUUUAGAAGGAUGGGAGAGUCCACUAUGCAUAAAUGGGUUAAUUUGACAGAAGGAAAUAUCAUUCCUCUGCACAAAACAGGCUUUAUUGAUGAUGUUAGUAAUUAUUAAGGUAUAAUGCGUGUACGUUGUUUUUCUACGUUGUUUACAACCAUUUUAGGCAAAUGCUUCGAAUUGUUUUGUGAAUAUAACGCUUAAAUAUAGGAUGCACAUAUUGGUCUUAGAAAAUGUUGUUUAACUGUUUAUGAUAUGUGAUUUGUUAUGUCUGUUUUCAUCACUGUUUUAAAUAAAAACGAACGUGUGUAUGUGGUAUACGUUGAUUUGCUUAAAUGUUUUGAUAGCAUAUAUUACACAUUAAGAAUAUGUAUGAGCUUGUUAAAUCUUGUGUUAAGUCAUGUACAACAUAUUUCGAAUAUUCUGUCGGUCUAAGACAAGGGGAUAUAAUUCAGUCGAUUAAUUUUUCUCAUUUUGAAGAAGAUUUGUUUUUUUUUUACAAUAUAGCAUAUUGUCUGGCGUAAAUAUAGACGAUAUUACCUUGUUUUUAUUGUAACCUUUUAGGUAAAUAACCAGAAGAAGUAAAGAAUUGAUUAGAUAACAUUUUCCUGUAUUGUAAUUCUUGGGGGCUAAAAGUAAACAUUUCAAAAACAAAAGUAAAGCUCUUUCGCUCAAAUUAAUUUGUCAGUUGUUUGAUUCGUUUGUUGGGUCAUUCUUUUUGCUAUGCCUCUGAUAUAUGGGGCUUUAAUAAAUCAUAAAAGAUCAAACGCAUUCAUCUCAAAUUUUGCAAAAGAUUGUAAAAAAUAAAAAUGAAUACAUGUCGUUCUAUAGUAUAUGGUGAGUAAGGCUAUAAAACAAACUGUGUUUAUUCAAGCCUUGAAAGAUGUUAAUAAAGUAUGCACAAGUAUGGUUGCAAAUGUUAAACAAUUGUUUAACGAAUACGGCUGUUCCCACAUUUUUGAAACUACGAAGACAACUAAUAGUCAUGCUUUUGUAUAAGAAUUUCAAUGCAUAGGUAUUGACAUCUUUAAACAGAAAUGGUUUGUCAAUAUAAAUAACAUCUCUGUCCUAGAUAUAUUUAUAAUUGUUCAAAAUCGUCUUGAGUAUAAAUGCUUUGUUUUAUUAUCAAAAAGUCUACGGGGCAUGGGGGAUUAAUUGUUUGUUAUUUUUGUUCAAAUUUUAUCAUAUGCGGAAUAAUUGAUUUCUUUGUUGGUUAUUUUGUUCAAUUUUUAUCAUAUAUACCAUAGUCAAUAAAAAGUAAUAGAUUAUCUUUACUGCUUUUACAAUUAGAGUGUUUCUUUACAAACAAAAACACACGAGCGCACGCACGCAUGCAAGCUUGCAUGCACGCUCGCACGUACGCACGCAUAUAUCAUUGAUUUGGUAACCAUUAUUAUAUAAUGAUGCGUGACAUUGCUUUAUUGCUGUAUUUAUAAUUUAUAAUUGUAUGCAUUAAACACGAUUUUCAAAUUUUA